CAAAUUACCAAAAAAAUAUUUGAAAACAAAAACCAAAAGAAAAUCAAUUCAUGAUUUGUGUUAGAAGAGAAAAGUGAAAAAAAUAUUUUUUUUUUAAAUAAAACCAAAAAAUAUUCAAUACCAAAAAAUUAAAGAAACAAAACCAAUAAUGUCUUCAACCAUGGAUUACCUAGAGGAUACCACCACCAUCUUACCGCCAGUGACCACCACCCCCACAAUGGCACCCACCAUGACUGCUUCACCCACAAUUAUGGAUAUGUGGAUGUCGCAGUUGCAAAAGGAUCAUCCCGAAAUCUCCUUUGUCGUGCCCAGCGAACAUGAUAAUCAUCACAUUGAUAAUAUGAUGAAUUUCAAACGUUUGCUGGAAAAGGUGGGCAACACAGCCUAUGACACCAUUUCUGCGGAACAUCAUCACUCCGGUUUGGUUGAUUCCUUGGGUCAACCCAUUACCCAUGAACAGAUUUCAAACAGUGCCGUGCUUAAUAUGGCCGAUAUGAAAACGUUGUCAGGUUGGGAGCGAUUUUUUGCCGGAGCCGAUAUGAAUUCGCUGAUCAAUUAUUUGUGGGUCGGUGUUGUCACAUCGCUGGUCAUCUUGACCGUGAUAUUUGUUGUGUUCAGCUGUUAUUUCUAUCGCAAGUUUCGUCAAUGGAAAAAAUGCAACAAGGACAUUCGCGCCCAUCUGAACAAUGACAUGUAUCCCGGCACAAUUGGACCCUGUGAUGCCACGGCAAAUCCUGAAGCUGCCUACUAUCAAAUGAGUAUGCCACUACCACCACCGCCCUGUUAUACCAUUGCCACUGGCCUGCCCACCUACGAUGAGGCCUUGCAUCACCAGCAACAGCACUUUGCCUUUGGCAUGAAAUUCAUUUAUCCCACAUUGGCGGCUGUGCAUCAUCAGGCAUCGAAUUUGAUGAGCUCCUGGGAGAAAUACGAUGUAAUGCAGAGCAAACAAGACAACAAAAAAACUGUUGCGGCCCUAAGCCCCAGCAAACAGCAAGACAGCAAAGUAGCCAAAUGUAAAUCAGCAUCGCAGACCAAUGUCAGCAAAUCCUCGACAGCAACGGAUUUGUUGUUGCCACCCUGCUAUGAUGUGGCAGCCUCAAUGGCUUUGUUGGCGCCCGAAGAGCCAUGUGACAAUGUUUGCAUCAAUAUUCCAGUAGACAGCCGCCAUGGCAGCGCGGAAGCCCCCAGCGAUUUAACAGACAUCAUAACUGUGUGAUUAUCCUGUUAAGCCUGCAAACAAAAAAAGAAAACAAGGAUCAAACACUCCAUAACAACAUAACUGUUGCAACGUGUAAAUAGCAAAACUGUGUAAAUAACCAAACCAAAAAAGAAGAAAUUGAAAUUACUUUGGAAAAAAAACUUCUUUAGAUUUAAACAUUUAAUUUAAAAAUUAUUUUUUUUUAAUUUUAUUUUUUGUAAAAAAUUAUGUUUUCUUAAAUGUUGUAAAUUUCUUGUUUAUGUUAAAAUUUUCUUUAUUUUCUUUUUAUUUUCAAACAAACCAAGACUGAAUAGCUUAUUUUCAAUUUUUUAUUUUUUUUUAAUUUUUUAUUUUUAUGUUUAAGUUAUUUAAAAAUAUUUGUAAAAAGAAUACAAACUGUUAGUUGUUAGUUAUAAAAGAAAUUUUAAGUUAUAUUUUUAAAAAAAGGGAAAAAACAAAAAAUUGACCCUGAAAGUCACCAAGAAAACAAAAAAUACAAAACACAAAUUUUUGGAAAAAUUUAAAUCUUAUGUUUGUUUUUAUUUCAAUUUUAAUUUUUUUUAUUAUUUAAAAAAAAAAAACUCAAAAAAAAAAAAAAAAACUAAAACAUACUAAAGGUU